AUGGCGAGUAGACAGAGAAGAGGACGUCGCGAGAUGAGACAAAUUGAAAAUGUGGAGGAUAAGCUCAUAACAUUCUCCAAGCGUAGAUCUAGCAUCUAUAAAAAGGCAAGUGAGCUUGUAACCCUCUGUGGUUCCGAGGUGGGAGUAGUAACAUUCUCUCCUGCCGGAAAACCCUAUUCAUUUGCUCAUCCAUCAAUCGAUUCGGUUGCAAACCGGUUCCUCAACCAAAACCCCCGACAAAACCCCCCACAAAAUGAUGGCGUUGAAACCUUGGUCGAGUCCUAUCGUCGACUCAGGAUUGGUGAGCUCAAUCAACAAUAUGAUGAGCUUGUCGAUCAAGUUGAAGCUGACAAGAAACGGGGUAAAGAGCUGAAGCAAAAUACAGAAGCACGGAGCAGCGAGGGAUGGUGGGAAGCUCCCAUUGAAGAGCUCAACUUGGAAGAGCUCAAACAAAUGAAGGAGCGAAUGGAGGAGCUUCGGCAGAAUUUGUGCAGUUCGACAGAUAAAAAAAAUCAAGGAUAA